UAUUUCCGUGUAUAACUCUCUACUUAUUACAGAGUAUAUCCACUAUCUUUAUCCGGCCUUUGGCAAGCAAUAUUUGAACUCCGUUCAUAGUAUUAGUUUGCGCAUACUAAAAUCCCUAGUGUGCACCCAUUUUGUUUGUCAUUGGUAACCCCCUCCAAAGUUUCCUGUUCAACGCCACCACAACUCUUUAGGUUGUCAUUAAACAACUAUCAUGGGGUUAAAGCAUACGAAUUUCUUUGCAAAUUCAAACUAUGAAGCUGAUGAUACCCAGAUCAUCAUAUGUAAGCAGUGUUCUUCUCAUCUAUGUCUUUCAAGUCUUAUCUUAUCAGAUAAAUUUUUUGCGUCAUCUGGUGAGGCAUAUUUGGUUGACAAGCUAAUAAAUUACACCCCAGAACCAACAGUUCAAGAAACUAGCAUGCAUACUGGGAUUUAUCUCAUCAGUAUGGUUAGAUGUCAUCAAUGUAAUACCAAAUUGGGUUGGAAUUAUAAAAAGGCUUAUUCAUAUCUGGAGACCUAUAAGGAAGGUAAGUUUGUCAUUGAGAAGUCCUUUAUCAAGAGUAUUCCCAAUAAUAGUUCCACAGCAACAUUGAUGGAGAAUGUGAAACGUAGUCGGAGAAGAUCUUCAGCUGCUAAUUCCCUUCGAGCAGGUAGCAUAUCUCUGGAAUUAGAUGAAGAUUCGUUCCAUUUUGAGAAAUCACCUAUCUCAAAAUCAAACCAUGACCUUCACAACAUUUCAUUCCAAGAUUUAGAACAUGAUUCAGACCAAGCAUUUCUCAAUAGACUUGGCUGGCGCUCUCUAGUCAGUGACAAGCUUGAAGAUAUAGAAGAUACAGAAGCAAUAGUGGAUGUUUAGUACUACUCAUUGGCACUCAACUACUCCCCCGUCAUGUCCCUAUUUAUUUCUGUUUUUAAACUCCUUCUAUCUCUCCUCUAAUACGUUUCUUCUUCAUCUUUUUAUUUCCUUUAACCUUGGUUUGACAGAUUUUUGUCCUUUUUCAUUUUGGUAUGGUGUUUUUUUUUGGGUAUAUGUGAUUUCACAUAUGGUUUGGUAUUGGCUGUUGUUCAUUAUCGGUUGCUGGUUUGGCUCAUCUAUUUUUGUUUAUCCCCCUCUCUAUUUAUACAUUGGUUUCUUAAAAACCAAUUCAUAUAAUGUUUAUAUUGUUUAUUUUACGUUUCUAAUAU